UAUUUCAACCGGUAGAUCUUAAUCAAACCAGUCACUAAGAGCAUUCAGUUUACCGUAGAAGUACAAGAAAUAUUUUUGAAAAUGAGCAGUAAAAUUACAAAGUCAAAAUUGAGCUCCCCGAAUUUGGUGAGAUCAUCGCCGAAAAGUACUCAGCCAACGGUGAUGGAACAAAUUUUUAGCUGCCAGUUCGAAGUGUUUGGUCAUGUGCAGGGUGUCUUCUUUCGCAAGGUAAGCUCUUGAACUAGUAUUUAUCAAAAGAAGGCCAAGGAGCUGGGCAUAACUGGCUGGUGCAUGAACACAUCGCAAGGAACCGUCAAGGGAAUGCUUGAAGGACCCUUGGACCAAGUGACCGACAUGAAGUACUGGCUGCAGCACAAGGGCAGUCCUCGCUCGGUGAUCGAGAAGGCGGUUUUCUCCGAGAACGAGCCCUUGCCCAUCAACAACUUCAAGAUGUUCUCAAUACGCCGCUAAACUUUGUAUCCCCACACGAGUUCAGUAAUUAAUUUUGUUAAGUUAAAAUUGGAGUGUCCUUUGAGCAUAUCACACCCCUUUGUCAGGCCAUAAAGCCAAAACGUGAGAAUCGCGGAGAGCACGUAAUAAAAACUCUUUUCGGUUCCCAAAACAA